AUGUUGUCUUCAACUCGUAAUACGUGUUUAUUAUGCUGCAAGUCUAUCCAUAGCAUGGUAAAUUUAGCCAUGUAGCUAUAGUAUAAUAUGUGAUUAUUAUUACUCUAAGGUGUGAUCUAAGAUUACUAUAAAACCAUUAUCAUUAUCACUUACAGCUUAUCACCACUAUAGACCUAUAAACAUAUGGAUAGCGCUUUCUUUACCGCCUUACCAUAACAGAGGAAAUCAUGGAAGAAAAACUAAUCUUUUUUCCAUUUACAUUGAUAAACGACUGCUUCCGUUGAUAACUACCUCGAAAUCAAACAUUCGAAUAUUAUCAAAGUAAUUCUCGAACGUCCAUUUUAUUUCUUAAUUAAUUUUUAAAUAAUUACCACCGAAAAUUUUCUAUUUUAAAAAAAUUCAACUUUGUACCAUUUUUCUAUGAUAACAGUAUAGAAAUAAACUUAUAUAGUUUCUUUUUUAUUUGAUAUUUUAGCUAAGAAUGAAAUUUCUAGUCCAAUACAAGGCGCUGAUGAAGAGAAAUUUAAAGGUUCUGGACCAUUUUGUAGAGAAGAUAGCCCUGGGAAUUUUCCCAAAGUACCUCAGUUAAAAAUUAUGAUACCUCUUACUGAUGCUAAAACAGGUACUAGACAUAAAUACAAGAAUAGAAUGGUUAUCAAAUAAACAAUAUUUAUUAUAUAUCAAUUCAAUUCAAGCCAUUACAUGUGUUCUAUUAUAAAAGAAAACAUUAUUAUAUUGUUAUAAAAAAAUGUGGUAUAAAUAUAAAUGCUAGAACACAUGUGAUAUUUUAAAAAAUUGAAAUUCUUAAAUAAUUUUUAAAUUAUUACCACAGAAAAGUUUCAGUAUUUAAAAAAUAAAACUUUGUACCAUAUUAUAUGAUACCAGUAUAGAAAUAUACUUAUACCAUUUAUUUUUUAUUUGAUAUUUUAGCUAAGAAUAAAGUUUCUUGUCCAAUACAAGGCACUGAUGAAGAGAAGUGUAAAGGUUCUGGACCAUUUUGUAGAGAAGAUAGCCCUUUGGAUUUUGCCAAAGUACCUCGGUUAAAAAUUGUGAUACAUCCUACUGAUGCUUCUACAGGUACUAGAACUAAAAACAAGAAAAAAAUAGUUUUGACCAUAUUAAAAAAAAAAUAAAUUUUUAUUGCAAUUCAAAAUAUUACAUAUGUUUUAUUAUAAUUGAAAAGAAUACUAUAUUGUAUUUAUAAAAUUUGGUAUUAAUAUAAAUGUAUAAAUAUAUACCCUUGUUGACAAUGAGUCUCAGCAGCAUGAGUAAUGUCCACUUUAAGAAUUCUUCUACUUGUCAAGAUGAGAAUAACGAGAAAAUAGCCGAGAAACACAUCACUAGCAUGACAAACAAUUCGUAAGUAUUAUCACCAAGUAAACGUAUAAAAUAAAUAUAUUUUGCCCUUAAAAUAUUUUAAUAUUUCAAAUCCCUAUUUAUAGAAAACCGGUUGAAACUGAAGAAAAACCAAAAACAUCUCGAUUUNGUACACAAUUUAUUGAUUCAAUUUUUAAUGAAAUUCAACUAAUUCAAUUAUUAAUAUACCUAGGUAAACAAUUGAAUUGGUAUAUUUCUGACAUAUUUUAUAGAUGGAAUUUGGACUAUAUGAUAUAUUUAAUUGGUAAAAUUAUUAUAAAUUGUAAUUUUUCAUACAUUUUAAUGGUCUAAAUUAAAAAGCAAUUAUUGAUUAAUUAUAUUUACAAUUCAAAGGGUUUAGUAUGUUCUAUUAUAAGUGAUAAGCAUAUUAUAUUGUUGUUAGGAAAAGUGGUAUAAAUAUAAAUGCUUCACACAUGUGAUAUUUUGAAAUAAGAAAAUUCUUAAUAAAUUUUUUAAAUCAUUACCACAGAGAAUUUAAUACACUUUAAGAAUAAAAUUUUGUACCAUUUUUAUGUUUCGAGUAUAAAAAAAAACUUAUACUGUUUUUUUUAUUUAAUAUUUUAGCUAAGCGUAAAGUUUCUAGCCCAAUACAAGGCACUGAUGAAGAGAAGUGUAAAGGUUCUGGACCAUUUUGCUGUGAAGAUAGCCCUGGGGAUGUUCCCAAAGUACCUCGGUUAAAAAUUGUGAUAGGUCUUACUGAUGCUAAUACAGGUACUAGAACGAAAAACAAGAAAAGAAUGGUUAUCGAUCAUAUUUACAAUAUUAAUUAAUUUUUAUUGCAAUUCAGUAAGUCAGUAUGUUCUAUGAUAAAGGAUAAGCAUAUUUUAUUGUUGGAAAAGUGGUAUUAAUAUAAAUGCUUCACACAUGUGAUAUGUUGAAAUAAGGAAAUUCUUAAAUAAUUUUUAAAUCAUUAACACAGGUAAAAUUAACUAUUUUUAGAAAAAAACGUUGUACCAUUUUUAUAUGUUUCAAGUAUAAAAAAAAAACUUAUACUGUUUUUUUUAUUUAAUAUUUUAGCUAAGCGUAAAGUUUCUAGUCCAAUACAAGGCUCUGAUGAAGAGAAGUGUAAAGGUUCUGGACCAUUUUGUAGUGAUGAUAGCCCUGGGGAUGUUUCCAAAGUACCUUGGUUAAAAAUUGUGAUAUGUCCUACUGAUGCUAAUACAGGUACUAAACUAAAACCAAGAAAAGAAUGGUUAUCGAUUAUAUUAACAAUAAUUAUUAAUUAUCAAUGA